AUGGGCUGCGCACUGGGUAUACCUGAUAGUGGGCUUCUGUUACGAGGGGAACCAACCCAGUUUGCAGAUCCUAAUGAACCUUUGGAUAAGCUUCUUUUGAAGAUGAAAUUUCGUCAGUCAUUAAUGGCAUUUGCUGAUAGUUCAGCUGUUUGGCUGGUGAGAGUGUACAUCUCUAUGACGAAGUUCAACAACUUGAAAAAGCUCCUGAUAAUGGUCAUAAUACUUCAUUAUGCGAUUCUUGAUGAUUACAAGGUGUCUUUACCAUGUCCAGAUUUGGUGAACGAUUAUUGGUCAUCGACAUUCUUCAUGAAGCUGAAAAAGGAGGCCAAUAUGAGAAGUGUCGACCAUGAGCUAGAUGAUGUCGGGGGUUGGAAUUUCUCGCAUAGGUUGAGUUCUAUUUAUUGUGUUGAUGACCCUUUGUGCCAUGAUCAUAGUCCAAGCAAGCCGGAUUCUAAUAGUUGUGAUUAUAACCUAGGGAAAACUUUAGAAAACUUUGGUUCAUUUUUGUGA